UGAUGUACAGAACCAGUGUUGCAAAAUACCCAAAGUGGAAACACAUUUCGGCUAAAAUCUAAUCACUAUUUUAAUAUUAAUUUUUUUUAAUAAUUAGUUAAAAACUUAAGCCGGAUUGCCUCCAACUUGUCAUAUGAUGACAUCUCCAUCGCGGGAUAUAAACGAUCUAUUUGACGAUAUCGUGCUUACCGAGGAGAAACAGGCUCGCCUGGGCUACGAGGAGGGUUUAACCGACGGCCAGGAGCAGGGCAACGAGGAGGGCUAUAAAUUGGGCUACGCCCAGGGUGUCCAAUUGGGCGAGGAACUGGGCAGGAUCCUGGGUCAAGUGGUGGCCCAGCAGCAGCUAAAGCACACCGACAAGGUACGUCGCAGCCUGGAGCAGCUGCGCACGCUCAUCGAGCAGUUUCCCCGGACCAACGAUCCGGAGGCGGACAUUGUGGGAGCUGUGGAAAAUAUCCGUAACUCCCAGCGUCGUCUUUCUGCCUUGCUGGGGUCCAAAAAAAGCGCUGGAACAGCUUCUCCUGACACCACGGCACCUGAACGCAAGGAUUACAGCUUCUAG